AUGGCUACUAAGAAAAGCCGCCAGCGCAUUAGCUACAUCAUUGAAUCUCCAAAGGCAUCGGCGGGGCAUAAGCUAGGUGUCAACGGCCUUGCGGUCGAUCCGGACAAUGCUAUUCUGUACUCUGGUGGAAGAGACGGCGUCAUUUGCGCCUGGGACCUCAAUCUCGACCUCAAGACGCCCCGCACCUCGUCCGUCGUCGACCGACCGAAUGGACAAAAGAAGUCCUCCCCCACCACCUUCCGAUCCCAAGCGAUCGCCCACAUGGGCUGGAUCAACGACAUCGUACUCGCCCAGAACAACACAGCCCUAGUCUCGGGCUCGUCCGAUCUGACCGUCAAGGUGUGGCGACCGCACUCGCAAGAACAAGAUAUACCCCAGACCAUUGGCGAGCACGCCGACUACGUCAAGGUCGUGGCUGUCCCGCCUGCCGACAUUGGCGCCCCCUGGGUUGCGUCGGGUGGUCUGGACAGGCGAAUCAAUCUUUGGGAUCUCAACGGCGGCGGAAAGGUCCUCUCUAUCGACUGCAGCGGCGAGGAGAACACAGAGAAGGGGUCGGUGUAUGCUCUCUGCGCUGGUCGGAAUCUUAUUGCGAACGGGGGCCCGGAGUCCAUCGUGAGAUUAUGGGACCCGAAGUCGGGCAAGCCCGUGACCAAGUUCGUUGGCCAUACCGCGAAUAUUAGGUCCAUCCUCAUCAACGACGCUGGAGACCUCCUCCUUACCGGCAGCUCUGAUCAGACUAUCAAGUUGUGGAGUGUGACGGCAGGUCGAUGCAUGUAUACAUUCACCAUGCAUAACGAGAGCGUAUGGUCUCUGUUCUCGGAGUCCCCCGACCUCGGAGUAUUUUACAGCAGUGACAGGUCUGGGUUAGUAGUCAAGACUGACGUUAGGGGUUCCCUCGACCACAUGGAUGACGGCCUUAGCCUUGCCGUCGCGAAGGAGACAGACAGCGUACACAAGAUUGUCACCUGUCAAGAUCACAUCUGGACAGCCACACCCAGCUCUUCCAUCAACAGAUGGGCCAGUGUGCCGACCGGAGCCGAUAUACAACUACCCGAGAUGUAUCGCCAUCACAGAGCCUCGUCGACGGCGUCUCGCUCGGCUGCGCAGUCUCCGUUCUCAGCUAGUGGUCCAGCAACGGGACGUGCGCCGCCGCCGAAAGAAAUAUCUCCCAAGAGCAUUCUUCGCAUUUCUAACACGGCGUAUUUUCCGCCACAGCUGUCGAGGGAUGAGGCGGGGUCGUUGGUGGCGCUUGAACAGGAGGUUGAGCCUAUCCAUGAACUUCCUGAGGAGACUAUCGAGGGCCAGUUUGGUCUGCUUAAGUAUAAACUAUUGCACGAUAGGCGGCGAGUGCUCACAGUUGAUACUGCGGGUGAAGUAGUGCUAUGGGAUCUUAUUCAGUGUAAACCGAUCCAGAGCUUUGGCAAACGACAUUUGGAGGACGUAGAGCCAGAGGUCAACCAAGUCGAAGCGGUUGCUCCUUGGUGUUCUAUUGACACCAGUUCUGGUAGCAUUACAGUCACGCUCGACCCUUUCAAUUGCUUCGAUGCGGAGGUAUAUGCCGAUGAGCUUACUCUCGACAACGCAGCAGAUUUCCGUGAGGACCAGAGAAUCAACCUUGGUAAAUGGGUCCUACGGUAUCUGUUUGCUGGGGCGAUAGAUGAAGAGAUUAAGCGAGAUGUAGUCUAUCGACGGAAUUUUAACUCGGCCAUCGAGAAGCGACUGGCAAGCACGCACGCAGGCGCUCCCCUUUCCAUUUCAUUGCCCGAGAGAGGAAUCGGCGGCUUCGCGCAGAUGAGUAGCCUGGAGACGCCUCGCCCAUCCGCGGGCAAUUUUCCACUUCAGACGCCCGGAAUCCAUAUCGGGCUGGCCACGCCCCAUCCCGGUUAUGGAGAUGCGGCGGCAGCCACGACUACUAUCCCUGAGUCGCAAACGGUUGGUCGUAUGUCGGUAGAGAAGGAGGACUACUUUACCGUUGGGAUAUCACCUGUAGACGGCGGUGUGUUGAAGCUCACGACGACCAAUCCGGCCGCCCUGACGACGACGACAACGACGGAUGGAGCAGCAGCAGAUGCCAAGGCAGCUGACGCCGACAAGGACAAGGAUAAGGAUAAGGAUAAGGACAAGGACAAGACCGACAACGGAGCAACAAAGCCGCCCAGUACACCCUUUGGCAAGAAGUUCCGCAUGGGGAUGUCGUUCACCAAGAAGUCUAGGUCAGCCUCUACGACAGCCGAGAAACCCGUCGUCACGGAAGACAAGCCCGUCGACGAGUCGGAAGAUUCCCUCAACCUGCACGAGAAGGAAGUCGAUGACAGCUUCUUCGGCGUCGUCCAGCGCAUCCGAAACGAAUACGACAAGCAACUAGCCGCAAACCCCGACAUCCCUCUCGAAAGUCGCAUUACCCCCGCCCUCCCCAGCGACACGCCCCACCUUAACCUCCCCAAAGAAACCAAAGUAAUCAUCAAGGAAGAAACGAGCGGCGAGAGCUCCAACAUCUACAUCGGCACGAUCGACACGAUUGGGCGCGACACGGACAUCAUCGAGCAAAAGGGCGCCAUGUGGCUCGGGGAGCUGCUCCUGCAGAACCGCAUGCCCUUCAAGGAGCCCGUUAAGGUCUCGUUCGUGCUGCUGCCCUACAAGGAUGAGCUCCCGCAGCUGCCGAGUACGGAUAAUAACAAUCGGUUGAAUGCGAAUCGGAUGUUGAGGGUGCGGAAGAUUUUGGCGUAUGUGGCGGAGAAGAUUGAUCCAGAUUGGGAGAAUGGGGAGGGAGCGAGUCCAGAUGCUAUGGAGCCGGAGGAGUAUCUUGAGCUAUACUGCAAUGAUCAGAUACUGCCUCAUACCAUGAGCCUGGCGACAUUGCGGGCUCAUCUCUGGAAGGGUGGCACUGACGUUGUGCUGCAUUAUCGAGCCAACGGGCGCAAGGUUAUUCGUUUGCGAACGCCAGUUAACACUGCCGAAGGUGACGGCGGGCAGGGAGAGGCUGCGACCGAGGAGACUAAUGCUGCUACUUCUUGA